CUUGCAUAAUGCCCGAACCCAUCAUGUGCCGCCAUUUCCAGGUCUUUACCUCAAGCAUUGUCAUGAUAUUUCAUUACGGCUAGCUGCUCAGAGCUUCCGAAGGGUAAUGACAAUAUUCUAGACAUCGAGAAGUACUACGUCCGCAACCAGAGAAAACAUCACCAGCGCUCAAGCCACAUUGGAUCGUCUCCUACGAGGACGGCACCAAGAGCUAGCGACAAAAUCACCAACGCUAAAACCUUCCUGUAUCCCCAUAUACAUGCCCGCGACGGUGUCGCUGAUGCCUUUCGACACUUCUACCCGAUGUCAUACAAUUUCUGCACCUCUGCUGUCUCUCUCGCGUUUUAUCACAUCUUCUAAUAGACGAUAUGACUCUACAACCUCCCUAAACGCUAUCACGAGUCAACUAGCAAUGGAGAGAGGGUCGUAUAUCUACAGAACCUCUAGUGCUUGUCAACUUCUUGUAUCUCCGGAAUAUAGGACAUUGUGCGGUGCUGUCAUCUGGUACAAAAGGAUAUGUAUUCAUACCGUUCGUACGUUUAAUAGUCGUGAUCAUCCCCGGGCUGCAUGUUUGUGUCCCUCGCAACAAAACUUGUUACGGACCCCCUCAUGGUUUCCGCGCACACAGGCCUCGGGCUCGCACAUGUCAUUCACAGAAGCCUUUCAGAUGACUUCCUUGCUGAAGUCUCUUAUCUCCAUGGUUGCAGAAUAAGAUGGCGCGAAGCAUUAUCCAGCAUCCGCACUUGCCGCUCUAGCAUUUCGAAUUCCCCUCUCUGUCAACGCACACUCCAUUGUAUGGAGGAUUGAAUAACUUGAGGAACACGACAAAAGGGGUACGAUGGAUAACAUUCUUACCCACCGCCAAUGCUACGCGGGCCUAUGUAGCCUCG